AUGACCACCUGCAGCCGCCAGUUCACCUCCUCCAGCUCCAUGAAGGGCUCUUGCGGCCUCGGCGGUGGCUCCGGCCGGGUCUCCUCCGUCCUGGCUGCAGGCUCCUGCCGGGCCCCCAGCGCCUACGGGGGCCUGUCCGCCUCCUCCUCCCGCUUCUCCUCCGGGGGAGCCUGCGGCAUGGGGGGCGGCUACGGUGUCGGCUUCGGCAGCAGCAGCAGCAGCUUCGGUGGCGCUGUGGCUUGUGGCUUCGGUGGCGGCUUUGGUGGUGGCUUCGGCGGCAGCCUGGGAGGUGGCUUUGGCGGCGGUGUCUUUGGGGGUGGCGACGGCGGCCUCAUCUCCGGCAACGAGAAGAUCACCAUGCAGAACCUCAACGACCGCCUGGCCUCCUACCUGGACAAGGUGCACGCCCUGGAGACGGCCAACGCCGACCUGGAGAGGAAGAUCCAUGACUGGUACCAGAAGCAGCGGCCCAGCGAGGCCAGGGACUACAGCCCCUACUUCCAGACCAUCGAGGACCUAAGGAACAAGAUCAUCAAGGCCACCAUGGAGAACGCCCAGCCCAUCCUGCAGAUCGACAACGCCAGGCUGGCAGCCGAUGACUUCCGGACCAAGUACGAGCACGAGCUGGCCCUGCGCCAGACUGUGGAGGCGGACAUCAACGGGCUGCGCCGGGUGCUGGACGAGCUGACGCUGGCCCGCGCCGACCUGGAGAUGCAGAUCGAGGGGCUGAAGGAGGAGCUGGCCUUCCUCAAGAAGAACCACAAGGAGGAGAUGAGCCAGCUGACUGGGCAGAACACUGGGGAUGUCAGUGUGGAAAUGAACGCUGCUCCUGGCAAAGAUCUCACCAAGGUCCUCGAUGAAAUGCGCCAGGACUACGAGCAGCUCCUUGCCAGGAACCGCCAGGAGAUCGACAGACAGUACGAGACUCAGAUGACCCAGAUUGAGCAGGAGGUGACGAUAAGUGGCCAGCAGAUGGAGUCUAACCUGAAGGAGGUGACCCAUCUCCGGCACAGCGCCCAGGAGUUGGAGAUCGAGCUUCAGUCGCAGCUCAGCAUGAAAUCUGCCUUGGAGAAGACCUUGGAAGACACCAAGAACCGCUACUGUGGCCAGCUGCAGCAGAUCCAGGAGCAGGUCGGUCAGUUGGAGACCCAGCUCACCGGGAUCCGGGCCGAGAUCGAGUCCCAGAACCAGGAAUACAGUAUCCUGCUCAGCAUCAAGUCACAGCUGGAGCAGGAGAUUCGGACCUACCGGACCCUCCUCGAGGAUGGCCAGGAGGACUUUGAAUCUUCUGGAGUUGGACAGAUUGGCUUUGGUGGCAAAGGAAGUGGAGGAGGAAGUAGAGGAGGAAGUAGAGGCAGCCAUGGCAAAGGAUCCAGGGGAGGAAGUGGAGGCAGCUACGGUGGAGGAAGUAGCUCUGGAGGAGGAAGUGGAGCUAUGGUGGAGGAAGUGGGGGUGGCCAUGGUGGAUCAGGAGGUCAAAGCGGAGGCAGCUAUGGUGGAGGAAGUGGGGGUGGCCAUGGUGGAUCAGGAGGUCAAAGCGGAGGAAGCUAUGGUGGAGGAAGUAGCUCUGGAGGAGGAAGUGGAGGCAGCUAUGGUGGAGGAAUUGGGGGUGGCCAUGGUGGAUCAGGAGGUCACAGAGGAGGCAGCUAUGGUGGAGGAAGUGGGGGUGGCCAUGGUGGAUCAGGAGGUCAGAGCGGAGGCAGCUAUGGUGGAGGAAGUGGGUCCAAAGGAGGAAGUGGAGGCGGCUAUGGAGGAGGAAGUGGGGGUGGCCAUGGUGGAUCAGGAGGUCACAGUGGAGGCAGCUAUGGUGGAGGAAGUAGCUCUGGAGGAGGAAGUGGAGGCAGCUAUGGUGGAGGAAGUAGCUCUGGAGGAGGAAGUGGAGGCAGCUAUGGUGGAGGAAGUGGGUCCAAAGGAGGAAGUGGAGGUGGCUAUGGAGGAGGAAGUAGCUAUGGAGGAGGAAGUAGCUCUGGAGGAGGAAGCGGAUGGCAAUCCCAGUCCCAGUCUUCUUCCUCAAAACCUGGUGACUGUGAUGAUCAAGAUUCUCGGUGCCACCAUCCAGAACUCCAAGGUCGUGCUGCAGAUCGACAACGCCCGCCUGGCGGCCGAUGACUUCCGCACCAAGUUCGAGACGGAGCAGGCCCUGCGCGUGAGCGUGGAGGCGGACAUCAACGGGCUGCGCCGGGUGCUGGACGAGCUGACGCUGGCCCGCGCCGACCUGGAGAUGCAGAUCGAAGGGCUGAAGGAGGAGCUGGCCUUCCUGAAGAAGAACCACGAGGAGGAGAUCGCCACCUACCGCAGCCUGCUCGAGGGCCAGGAUGCUCACUACAAGGACCUGGCCACCACCAGGGUCCUCUGA